ACCCUCCAACGCCCGAACUUGAGUCCUGGUCUCUCGCAUCGCGCUCCACUCGAGACACCAUGAGCUUCACUACUCGCUCCACCACCUUCUCCAGCAACUAUCGGUCCCUGGGCUCGGUCCGGUCGCCCAGCCAGCGGGUCCGGCCGGCCAGCAGCGCGGCCAGCGUCUAUGCAGGCGCCGGGGGCUCCGGCUCCCGGAUCUCGGUGUCCCGCUCCAGCAGCGUCUGGGGCAGCUCGGGAUCCGCAGGCCUGGUGGGAAUGGGCGGCAUCCAGACGGAAAAAGAGACCAUGCAAGACCUGAACGACCGCCUGGCCUCCUACCUGGACAGGGUGAAGAGCCUGGAAACCGACAACAGGAGGCUGGAAAGCAAAAUCCGGGAACAUCUGGAGAAGAAGGGGGCCCAGGGGCCCAGAGACUGGGGACACUACUUCAAGAUCAUCGAGGACCUGAGGGCUCAGAUCUUUGCAAGUUCUGUGGACAAUGCCCGAAUCGUCCUGCAGAUUGACAACGCCCGUCUUGCUGCCGAUGACUUCAGAGUCAAGUAUGAGACAGAACUGGCCAUGCGCCUGUCUGUGGAGAAUGACAUCCAUGGACUCCGAAAGGUUGUUGAUGACACCAAUAUCACAAGGCUGCAGCUGGAGACAGAAAUUGAAGCGCUUAAGGAGGAGCUGCUGUUCAUGAAGAAGAAUCAUGAGGAGGAAGUCAAAGGCCUGGAAGCCCAGAUUGCCAGUUCUGGUUUGACCGUGGAAGUGGAUGCCCCCAAAUCUCAGGACCUCAGCAAGAUCAUGGCAGACAUCCGAGCCCAGUAUGAAGAGCUGGCUCAGAAGAACCGUGAAGAACUGGACAAGUACUGGUCCCAGAAGAUCGAGGAGAGCACCACAGUGGUCACCACCCAGUCCACUGAGAUCAGAGAUGCUGAGACAACACUCACAGAGCUGAAGCGCACUUACCAGGCCCUGGAGAUUGACCUUGAUUCCAUGAGAAAUCAAAAGGUCAGUUCGGAGAAUAACCUGAGGGAUGUGGAGGCCCGCUAUGCUGUGCAGAUGGAACAGCUCAAUGGCGUCCUGCUGCACCUGGAGUCCGAGCUGGCACAGACUCGGGCAGAGGGGCAGCGCCAGGCCCAGGAGUACGAGGCCCUGCUGAACAUCAAGGUCAAGCUGGAGGCUGAGAUCACCACCUACCGCCGCCUGCUGGAAGAUGGAGAAGACUUUAGUCUCAAUGACGCCCUGGACAGCAGCAACUCCAUGCAAACCAUCCAGAAAACAACCACCCGCAGAAUCGUGGAUGGCAAGGUGGUAUCCGAGACCAACGAUACCAGAGUGCUGAGGCACUGAGGCAUUCCAGCGGGGUACCCUGGGGUUAAAGCGAUAAUAAACCUUCAGACAUCACU